GUUUACCGGCAGCAUGUCUGCGCCGGAUUCGAGUUCGGAAUCUAUCACCAAGGGCAAGAGAUACUCGGCAAAUAAAGAUCUAGGAUGGGAGAGCUUAGAGACCGGGUCGAAGUUUGGACCGGAAGAGAAAGAGGAGGAGCAGCGUGAGGGCGGGCAGCAAGCGUGGCUAACUGUCGCGGGAUCGUCUCUGAUCUAUUUUGCGACAUUGGGCACCACGAAUUCGUUCGGUUUCUUCCAGAAUUAUUACGAACACACUUUUCUUCAGGGUGUUCCUGCUUCGACUAUAUCCUUUGUGGGGACGCUGCAGAUCACACUUACGAACGUUCUUGCCGCACCCGCCGGAGCUCUCUUUGAUUGCUAUGGGCUAAAGGCACUGUACAUGUUCUCUGCCAUUAGCUGCUCAGGCGCAUUCCUCGGCCUCUCCUUCAUCCACUCCGGUUCACUCUCGCAGAUAUUCCUCGUCCAGGGCGUUCUUCUCGGUCUCGCAAACGCUUGUGGAUCACAGCCAGCACUCGUGGUAGUGGGACAGCAUUUCGAGCAUCGACGUGCGCUAGUAAUGGGAAUCGUUGCUGCCGCAGGCAGCGUCGGCGCUAUGCUGGGACAGUUCAUACCUUACUACUACAUAAGUACAUAUGUGCAAGCUACGAACCCAACGUCGUCCGCUAAAGACUAUCUCUUACCCCUUAUGAAUGCCUCUAGCAUUAUUGGGCGCAUCUUAGGCGGUCUCGCAGCCGACUCCACUGGUGCUGGCAAUGCAGUCUACCCGAUGACUAUUCUCUCUGGUCUACUCUGCUUAGGUACCUGGGCCGUCACUUCGUCCAUUCCUCUGCUCGUCAUUUUUGUUCUGCUGUACGGUUUCUGCAGCGGCGUUUUCGUCGCAGUUCUUCCGGUCAUUGUUGCACAGAUCACGCCCGCAGAUAAGCUGGGAGGAAGAAUCGGUGCUUUCUACAUGGUUUCUGCGGUGGCGCAGUUGGUGGGGAGUCCCAUCGGUGGAGCGCUGAUACAAGGCCGGAGCGGACUUGGAAGUGAUCAGGCGCAAGGGUAUCUGGGAUUAAUAGUAUUUGCGGGAACGACACUUUUGGUGGGCGGCAUUGUGAUCCUGAUCAGUAGGCUACUGCACGAUCGGAACCUACGUUCGAGGUAUUGA